CUCGGACUGCUAUUGCCAAUUUCCAUACACAACACAAGGAGAGAGAGAGGAAGCCUGGGUUGCUAAAGGCCCAUUCAGUGGUUAAGAGGCGUCGACAGUCCAUUCCAACGAGCUCUGUCGCGGCCGGUGAACAACAUGGUGUCGGUUCAGCGAAGACCCCCGCCAGCCGGCGACGGCCCGACGAGGAGCAAACAGGAAAGUGUCAAGCCUGACUCGGCCCAAACCCAAGCGCAGGCCCCCGCCCCUGAACAGCGUAGUGGGGUCCCUAAACAGAAGUCCACGGUGCCAGAGCUUCCUGGCAAGACUUCCGCGUCUGGAAUCCCGAGCGGCAACGACCGCCAGGUCGGCGUCAACACCACUAGUGUUCCCGCACCCGCGCUGCAAGGGCAUGCCUCAUCGGCACACUGCCCUCUACCGGUCGGAAUCUCUUCCACUUCUUCUCUCACCGACACCCCGCCGUUGCGGCCGUCGCCGCCGCCGCCGAGCAUCUCCCAAGCGAGCUCGGCGGGCACGGCGUCGCGAUCACCCUCGCCCACCGAAAGAGCAAACCGAGACGGCAACACGGCGCUCUGGCUCGAGCAUCAGACGUCCUUGGACGGGCCGCCGUUCCUGCCGGCCGUGCCUCCUCCUACUUCCCCGACCCGGAAGAGCUCGCCUUGAAGCCGGCGCGGCACUUGCCCGUCGCCUUGUGUACCGACGCUCGUCAAUGCUCGAGGCGAACAGAAGCUUGUCUGGUGGUGCGGCAAAGUUGGGGGGGGGAGGGAAGCAUUGGCUUGGAUGACCACUUGGAGGGACGGACCAUGGGCAUGGCCAGGUCGCAGGAUGGAUAACACAAGAAGAUUGUCUCGGUAGGAGAAUGGUGGAUAGGAUC